CAGCCAUUCAACGCUUCAACGCUCAUGUAAAAAAUGGUGUCCGUCGAGCUACCCCCUUUGUCUUUCAAAAACAGCACACACGCACAGAGCCAGCCAGACGGACAAAGAGGAAAGGGCCAGACGAACACCAUAAGGCAUCCACACAGAGGGCGGUCACUUCCACUUCACCCACACAUGAACACAUUGGAAAAAGAGUGUGUGUGUGUUGGGGCCACCCUGCAGUGAAUGGCCUGCCUCCUCUGCUUGGCAGCGGGGGCGGCCAUCACCAAACGCAGGUCAUAUCACGGCCAUACUCCUAUGUUGUCUGUACUCCAAUUUUAUAUUAUGUGGUGUAUGUGGUUCCUGCCCUUUGAUGUGUGUGUGGCGCAUCCAUCCAUCCAUCCAUCGAUCGGCUUUUAGAAAGAGAAGAGAAUGGGCUGUGAGUCAGGUAAAAGGAAAGGAGGCCACACGUCGCUAUCUGCCGUCGGGCCCAGCGCCCUAGCCCCCCUAUGCUCACACCCAUUCAUCACCCAUGCAUCAUGUAUCGCAUCAACCCCCCUCUCCACCUUCAGCGACCCUUCUCACCGAUCCGUCCGUCCGUCCGUCCAUCCAACGACUACAACCCUUCAGCCACAGCACACGCAAUCGACACACGAGACGGGACGCUGGGCUAGGGCAGAAUGGACAGAGCAUUGAGAAGCUCCACACGGAUCUCCUCCAGAGUGCCCCUAUCCUGCUGCGCCGACCUCAACGCCCUCUCGCUGAUGGUGCCCAGUGUGUCAGCCCACGGCCCCGCCCACUCGAAGCCAGACUGGCCACGCAGCUGCUCGAUGGGGCUCGCCAGGCUGCCCAAAUGGUCCAGCGGCUGGCCGGUGGGGGUCAUAAGGCGGCUGUGGUGGUCGUCCCACUCCGCCACCAUCAGCCGCUCGUGUAGCUGCACCACAGACUCCUGGGUCCUCCUGUCGUUGUCAUUGUCGACACCGUGGAUGUCGAACACGGUGGAAUCGGGGCAAUCGCUCCUCAUUGCCAUGUGGGAGAGCAUCCCGAAGGCCCACACCAGCGUCGGCUGCCCCACCCACAUCGCCCGGCUGUCGCCCUCUCCCAGCAACACGCCCUCCGCCCGUAGUUUCCCUCCUAGCCUCGCCAUGCCGUCCCAGGCGCGCCUUUUCUUCCCUGACGGCGCAGCCUCGCUGGCCGCUGGCGGCGGCACCGGCACGUCGGGCACCCCACGGCAGAGGGCCGCCAGCUCCGGCGGCGACAGCCAUCGAGUGCUGUCCGGGAUCUGCCUUUCGGCCUCCUUGCGAUCAUCAAGCAGUGGGACCAGUGCCGCUCUGGUGCCCAUGAAGGCCGGCGGGGUGGGCGCGUGGCCGUCAGGUGGGUGCAGCGACGGGCCGGGAGGGCGGAUCUUGGGGCGGAUGGCGAUUGUGUUGGCCAGGUCCAGCAGCCUGACGUCGUCGAGCGUGAGUGGGGCGUUGCGGGAGAGCAGGGCAUCCCACCGCACCAUGACAUUGUUGACGAAAGCGUCAAAGUGCAGGAUGCCCCGCUUCACCGCUGCGAUGUGGGCGAGGCAGAUCAGGUAGAGGGCGCGGGUGAUGACGGUUACUUCAUCGACGAAAGCCGCUAUCGCCUCGUCGCUGUAGGCGCCCUCCUCCAGCCUCUGCAACGCCUCCAUCAGGCUAUACGCCCUCUGCAUCUCGCUCACCCCCGUCCAGCCAAAGAGACGGCCCACCUCUACCCAGUCCUCACCUGCGCACCCACAACACACACACGACGAAAGCAGCACCGAUGUGUAAGUAGGCCCCCUCAGUCUCUCUGGCAUCCGUCCAUCCACCAUUUCCAUCUCUCUCACCGAGUGGGGUCAUCGCUACGCACAACGCCUCGGCCUGGAUGCCCUCGGUGUUGGUGUAAAUGGCGGGCCGGCGGCGGUUGGUGUUGACGGCCAGGAGACUGAGGAAUGGGGAGUUGCCGCCGAGUGCCCUCAGGCGGGCCCCCUCCACCUCAAACUCCCUCGCCACCUUCUGCUGCAGCCUCGCCUCCAUGUCCGCGAGCCAACCUAUCUUGAAGGCGGCAUCCCGUCCGAUGCCCUGCCCCUCAUAUGGCGGCUGCAGGACGCCUCGUCGCACACUCGCUCUCGUGCCGUGCCCCAGCCAGCCGACCUCGUCAUCUGGCCAUGUGGCGUGGUGGCCGUCCUGCAGUGUGAGAACCGCUGGUGUCGGUGGUGUCGGUGCUGCUGGUGGUAGGCUGGUGCUGAUGUUGUGGGCGUUGCUGGGCUGAGGCGCUGACACAAUCUGACUCCGCAACACAUCCGGCUCCAACGGCUGUGGGCACACACACACACACACGUGAACAGAGGGCUUCCACACACUGACCUCACGCACCAGGUACCUGCGACGAGUGUGGGGACAUGUAGAAAGCGCUCUGGGUGGUGGAGCCUGCAGACACACACACACACAUGCAACGUCACACCACACACUGAUGGACAUCUUGCCCCAGUCAUGCCUUUGCCUGUGUGUCGACGCACCUGGUCCGUUCUUGAGAUCUUCGGCAGCAAAUGCGUCUUCCUCUGUCACUGUCAUGGCCUGCCCCUCAGGCAGGUCCACCCUCACACCACCGCCCAACCCGGACAUUUCCUUGGUCGCCCGCCGGACCAAAGUCACCUCGGCGUCCUUGUCUUCCUUGCUCCCCUCCAGCCAGAGCUCAUCUCUGAGCUCCUUUGCCGUUUCGGUGCUGGAGCGAAGCUGGGCGGGCUCUCGUGGCUAGCGCUUCAUGUCCAAGCCCUCGACGAUGGACUGCUCGCCAUCGGCCGUGACCGGCUGGUUGGCGGGCUGGUUAACGGAAGGGCGGCGGCAGGAAGGGAUACGGGAAGGCUUGUGCUUGUGCUUGUGCUCAAAAAGUGUAAUGAGUUGCCGAACCUUCUUGCAGGACGGCUGAAGCUGCUGUCAGAAGUGCAAGUCGGUCCAGGGUUUAGGGUCUAGGGUUCAUAGACCGACGAUCCACUGAUCUGUGAGACAGGACAGCUGUUGAGUCUUUGUCCGUUCCAUGAGACAGGCCAUGGCGGACAGGACGUCAGACAGGAUGGACUGACGCAUACUACAUGUCCUACGUGGACUCUCCACAAAAUCCACAGACCUUA